AUGUCAAAAUUCAACCCCAAGUUCCUCAUCAUCAGUCUCGGCAACCCCCUCCCUGAGUACUCCAGCCUCCACUCUGCCGGCCACUUUGCCCUUCGCGGGCUGGCCAAAACCCUGCGCCAAUCAAGCAUUCAAAGCGGCAAACUCGGCAAGCUCUCCUGCCUCGUCUCCCAGGGUCCCAAGUACACGCUCGUGCAGUCGCCGACGCUUAUGAACAUCAGCGGGCCCUUUGUCGCCAAGGCCUGGCAAGAGAUGCUCAAGCAGCACGACGCGGCGUCGCUGAGCCUCGUCGUGCUACACGACGAGCUGGAAAAGGCGCUUGGAGAGGCGGCACUCGUCGCGUGGGACCGCAGCCCGCGCGGCCACAACGGUAUCAAGAGCGUGAAAAAGGCCGUGUCCGAGGCCAGGUACCCGCAGUCGCCGCUCGUGAGGAUCGCGGUCGGCAUUGAUCGGCCGCUGGCGCGCGACCCGGAGUCGGUGGCUAGAUAUGUGCUGGAGCCAAUCUCGGCGGCCAAGCAGAGGAUCCUUGAGGAGGAGGUGCCGUGGGAGGUCAAGACGGCGCUGGAGCAGCUGGAAGUAGAGUGGAAGUCUCAGGUGGACUGA